AUGAGCGACGUUUGCAAGAAAUACUUCCUGCGGGAUCUCUACAGGAAGAUAGACGGCGCCGUUCUUACCUCACAAAAUGAGAGGGAUCUCGAUUGCGCCAUUACUUUCCAGACUCACAGCAUCCUCCAGCGGUUUAUGCUCCGAUUCGAUCAGCUGCAGUUAGACUGCAACGACCAUCUCUACAUCUACGAUGGUGCGCACGCGGUCGGCAGUUACAAGGCAGACCUAUCCUGCAGAAACACGAAGCAGACCGUGGGUGCGAUUUACACGCGUACAAACUUCGUGACGUUGAAAUACGUCACCGACGGCUGGGGCACCAGCUCGAAUGGCUUCCGCCUCGUCAUCACAGCCGUCAAGGAUCCGAAGCACACCUGCAAAGAUUUUCGAUGCACUCAGAAUGAAUUCUGCAUCGAGACGGAUCUCCUUUGUGACGGCGUGAAUCACUGCGGCGACGGAUCUGAUGAGGCCACUUCCACCCUUUGUGCCAAUUCCGAGGCGUCGACGAUCCUAGGCAUGCAGACUACUUGGUUCGCCAUCGCCCUUGUUUUUCUGAUACUCAGCAUGGGCGGCCUGGUAACGGCGGCGGUUCUCUGCUUUUGCAGGCAGCGUGUUCCUACCCCGAGGCACCCCCAUAACGCGCACAAUGCUCAGUCUCAUCCCCCAGUCAGCUUCCCAUAUGUACGGAUCGAACGGAGCAAGCGUCGGUCUACCAAUGGGCAUGACCACGCUGAAGGGCACAACCGGUACUCUGGGGACCCUGGGGAAUUACGGCUCGGGGAUGGGAGUAACGGGGGCCACGACCCUGCCACGGCCGGGAAACUGGCUGCGCCCUGCGGGCCUCAGGCUCGGGCACAGCGCGGCCCGGGUCCGCCUCUACUGCCAGGCAAAGUGAGGAGCCAUGGUUCCGACAGUGACAUCUCCUCCAGCCAGAAAGACGAGUGGUUUGUGUAG